AUGUUUGAAUCGAAAAGCCUAUUACCACUUUUUCAGGGAAGGUUGUUAGUCAGGGAGGUCUGCGUACUCCAAAGGUCGGCCGAAAAUGGACAUGCACAAUGUUCCACAAGCAAUCCGAACGCUACUGGUUGGAAGGACUUUCCUUCACUAUCAACGGCCGACGAUGCAGAUUUAUUACCCCGAGUACGUGAUCAAAUUGGAUCAGCUCAGAUAAAGAGUGAGGCGGAUGUGAAUAUAGUGGAUCUGGCAGAGAAGAAAGGAGGCCAGAAUCAUAUAAUGAAUACAAAAGCGAGGAGCCAAAUGAUUGCUGACGUAACGAAGCGACUGUCUUUGAUGUGGGGUACUGUAGACGGCAGCGGCGACGGCCGAAGUCGAUUGUGGAAGUUCAUCGAGAAGAGCAUGUGGGUAGGAAGCAGCAAAUUUGCGAAGUUGGGGUACUGUGACGACGAGCGUAGCGCAAGCACAUAUCUUAUGAAUAUGCAGAAGCUACGUGCCCACGGUGUGCCUAUUCGUGAAUACGAAGCAGCUCUUCAAUAG